AUGGCACCUCCAGUAGCAACCGAAACUUCUACCACAACCAACGGCGGCUCCAUCCCGCUGAUUGUACCCAAUCCCAAGUCCGACUACCCGUACGAGCACCUACUCCCUGUCUUUGACAAGAACGAAUUUUAUCCUCCUCUCAAACCCUUUGAGCAUACAGACCCAGCAGCACGGGCAGCCGCACUUCCCGAGUCUGAACAACGGACAUUUUUGAAAAAUGCUACUCGCGUCCGCAACUUGACUCCGCGAAUAGGCACCGAAGUUGUUGGCGUUGAUCUCACCUCGCUGGAUGGUCCAGCUCGGGACCAACUCGCCCUGGAAGUGGCGCGCCGUGGGGUUAUUGCCUUCCGCGACCAACCUAAAUUCCUCGCACAAACCGCAGACCAGUUUAGGGAAUGGGGGAAUUACUUUGGCAGGCUCCACAUUCAUCCUACUUCGGGACAUCCCGCUUUGAUUCCAGAACUUCACCUGGUCUACCGUGAUGGCAAUGAAACCUUUAAUCACGAACAACUAAACCGAAUCUCUACCACGCUUUGGCACUCGGACGUCUCAUAUGAGUUACAGCCUCCAGGUUUAACUACCUUUUUCUUGCUGGCCCAACCCUCGUCUGGAGGAGGUGAUACACUUUUUGUCUCUCAGGUCCAGGCUCUCAAGAAGCUCUCCCCCCCCAAGUACUCUCGAGAGGGACGUCGAGGUGGAGUAGUACGACGAGAUCCUGUUGAACAUGUUCAUCCCGUGGUCAGAAAGCAUCCGGUUACAGGAGAAGAAGCGCUUUAUGUCAAUCAACAAUUUACGACCCAUAUUGUGGGCCUGAAAAAGGAGGAAUCUGACACCAUCCUUACCUUCCUCUACAACCACAUUGCACGCGUAGCUGAUGCCCAGGCCCGGGUGAACUGGGAGCCCAACACCGUGGUGCUCUGGGACAAUCGCGUAACUGCGCAUACUGCCAUCAUCGACUUUGCAGAAUCCGGCGAACGUAGGCACGGUGCACGUAUCACUCCACAAGCUGAGCGGCCUAUCCCGGCUCUGGAAUCGCUUGAGCUUCCCUGA